AUGUUCUCCAUUCCUGUUGAUAGUAGCUCGGGCCCAAAUGGAUUUGGGUUUGGAUUCUAUAAAUCGUGCUGGGAUAUUGUUGAAACUGAUGUGGUGGCAGCGGUUCGGGAGUUUUUCCUUGAAAUCCCUAUGCCUAGAUUUUAUUCAGCUUCUUUCAUUGUUCUCAUUCCAAAAAUGCAGAAGCCUAACGGUUUUGAUAAAUUUCGCCCUAUAAGCCCUUGCUCAGUUGUGUACAAGGUCUUCUCUAAAAUUUUGGUUCGACGUUUGGCUCCCAUAUUAAACAGAAUUAUCUCUCCAGAACAAGGUGCCUUUCUUCCUGGGAGAAGUAUCUUUGAAAAUAUUUCUUUGGCUCAAGAAAUGAUACAUUUGAUUAAUAAGAAGGUUAGGGGGGGUAACGUCGUCGUUAAAAUUGACAUGGCCAAGGCUUAUAAUAGCAUAGACUGGGAUUUCUUAAUUCAUGUUAUGGCUACCUUUGGGUUCUCUUUGCGUUUCUGUAAUUUGAUCAGGAACUAUAUUUCGACUCCUUGGUUCUUAGUGGUUAUGAAUGGUACUGCAAAAGGUUUUUUCUUUAGUGGUCGUGGCUUGCGUCAGGGUGAUCCUCUUUUACCUUAUCUAUUUAUUCUCGUUGAAGAGGUGCUCUCAAGAUUGUUAAAGCAUAAUUUUGCUCUUGGCACCAUUGCUCCUUUCUCACAUCCCCGAGGUACCCCUCUUGUUUCUCAUUUAUUAUAUGCUGGUAAUAUUCUACUCUUUGCAAAUGAAAGAAGAUCUUCUCUCCAAACUAUCAAAGAUACUUUCGCUUUAUAUGAAGAUUGGUUUGGGCAGGUGGUUAGUAAAGAAAAAUCAUCUAUUUUCUUUUCUAAACAUGCCACUGCUACUCGGAAGAGGAGCUCUUUGAUGUUGACAUCUUUUUCUGAGGGUUUCUUUCCGGUUAAAUAUUUGGGUGUGCCUCUUUUGGUAGGUAGGCUCAAAGUGUCCCAUUUUGAUGAUUUAUUGAAUUGCAUUCGUCGGAAGUUGGAAGGUUGGCAGAACCGGUUUCUAUCUUCUGGUGCUCAAUUGCUUUUAUUGAGGCAUGUUGUUGCUAGUAUUCCUAUUCAUUUACUCUCUGGUUUGCAUGCUCCCAAGGCUGUUAUGGUGGUUGUAAACCGGAUCAUGAGUAAUUUUUUUUUUGUGGUUUCUCUAACGGAAAACAAAAGCAUUGCUUGGAAUCUACUGACUGGAGAUUCUUUAUGGGCUAAUUUCUUCAAGACUAAGUACCUGAAAGAUAAACAUGUGACUUUGGUGGAUCAUCAGAAAGGCACUUUAUUUUGGAAACAUGUUGUGGGUAUGGUUCUGAAGAUUUUAGCCCACUCAUGGUGGCGGGGCUUGGUGGGGGAAUCCAAAAUGGAAGAAGUUCUAAAUUGUCUAGGGGAACAAAAAUAUGGAAACGACCUGUUGAUUUGGAAGCCAAAUCUGAAUGGGGAAUUUUCUUCGAAGUCGACUUGGGAUUGUGUCAAUGUUCGGGCUCCCAAAUCUGAGUGGGCUUCUUGGAUUUGGCAUUCUACGCUUCCUAAGAAGUAUUCGGCGUGUGCGGAAGACCACGAUCAUGUCCUUGCAAACGGGUUGGUAGCAGUAGAUAUCUGGAGAUGUGUAUCUCUACAGCUGGGGAUGCCCUAUGACCCCAGUAGAUCAUGGAAAGCAACUAUGGAAUUAUGGUUCCGGCGAAUUGCUCAUUCGACUCAAAAACGUACUUUACUUGCUCUUGUUCCUAUUAUUGUGACUUGGUCUCUUUGGGUUUGGAGAUGUAAAGCACGUUGGAAGGCUACCAUUACCUGGGUGGGUCUCCGAUUGCGUGCUACAAAAAAGAUGAAGGAUGGAGAUGAAAAAGUUCUAAAGUUUUUCUCUAUUCCGUUUAAACCUGUUAAGAGGCAAAGACCUUGUAUUGUGAAAUGGAUGAAACCCUUCCCAAGCUGGUUUAAAUUAAAUGUAGAUGGGAGUUCUUUGGAAAAUCCGGGUCAUAUAGGUGCAAGUGGUUUAAUUAGAAAUGGUGAGGGAAGUCUUAUUUGGGCCUUUGCUAAAGAACUGGGGAAUGAGUCCAAUAAUGAAGCUGAGCUCACUGCACUUUUUUAUGGUCUUCAAUAUUGUAAAGACUUGGCAAUUCAAAGAGUGGAGAUUGAACUAGACUCUUUGGAAGGCAAUGCAGGAGCAGAUUUCUUGGCACGCUGGGCCUCAAGUCAGAAUAAUGGUACGUGGAACACUUACAAUGAAGUGUCGCUUUUGCUCAAAGGGAUUCUAAAAGUUGAUAAAAUUGGUCUUCUGGCUAUUCGUCUAUAA